AUGGCCACUCUGCAAAACAAUCAACGCCGCUGUCACUGCCACUGCCGGUCAAGCAGCGCCCCUCCUUGCUCGUCGAGAGGGGAGGAAGAACACGAGCGCGUCAUCAGCACACCCAGAACUCGCGACCUCGAGACGACCAUCUUCGACGAAGAGCGUCGCCGCAAAGAACUCCUGAUCCUCAGAGACGAAUUCUCGGACUUAUCAGAUAGCUUUAGCAAGCGUGCACUGCACUUCCAGAACAUCCGUCAGAACCCUACUCUCCGGGGAUUCUUCGAUACAGCGCGGGACUUCGAUCAGGAGCUCUUGGACCUCAAGUUCCAACUUGCGGGGCCUAACCAGCUUUACUUCCUUCCGGAAGAACACGCCGAGAACGCGAUACGCUGUAUUCGCCGGACUACCACCGUACUUCUAAGCGCUCGAUGGCAGAUCUGGAGAUGCGUCGAGCUCUCGGCGGUUCAUACUGGUCAUGAGACUGGUGAGCCUCUGGUGUGGAGUGCGACGGUUAAAAAGUACGUUUAUCCUGGAAAGAUAGCUGCCGAGCUGGAAUAUCAACGGUGCUGGGACAAGGCCCGCCCAUGGCUUGAACGUCUUCUCGGAGAGCUGAGAAGGGAGGUCCCGCGCAUGAGGUGGAUUGUAGGCCAGCUUGAAGGCAGUAGAGAGCCCUCUUUCAUACGACAUUUAAAGGAGGCUAGUCCUCAUAGCAAGGUCUCGAAGACUUCAGUUCUGCUACCAUGCCUUAGCUCCGGUGCCCGAUCGGGAGACCACCAAUACGAGAUGUCAGGCGGCCUAUCAAUUGACAAAGCGCGCAAGACUCCAACCUGGAUCAACAACAUGAAGGUGCGGCUCGAAGGGCGUGUUAUUAAUGACCCCACGGAAGUCGAUUUCAGCGCCAUCCCAGUCCGCAUUCGGUACCGGGAACUCAAGGCUCGGAAGAAGCUGCAGGGUGGUGAGAAUCUGGAGGCGAUGAGGGAUGCUUGGGUGGCGUUCCGAGAUGAUCUGGAUAAGAGGGCGGGGGCUCCCUCGACGGAUAUAAUUCUAUUGCGGCAUAAGGUCGUUACGGAGGUGAUACUUUCAGAGCGCAGGCUGCAGCAGGCGCGGGAGCGGGAUGGUGGUGGAUCUGUGCAGGAUGGUGGGGCCUGA